AGAGAGAGAGAAUGAUGAAGCUGAAGGUGUACACCGAUCGGAUGUCGCAGCCAUCGCGUGCGAUCAUAAUAUUUUGCAAGAUGAACCGGAUUGAUUUCGAGGAGGUGAGGAUUGAUCUCGCCAAGGCCCAGCAACGAAGUCCCGAAUUCCAAGAAAUAAAUCCGAUGAGACAAGUUCCGGCUAUUGUUGAUGGAAGGUUUAAGCUGUUUGAGAGUCAUGCAAUUCUGAGGUACCUGGUUUGUACAUUCCCAGGAGUUCCGGACAACUGGUAUCCUGCCGAUGUUUCUAACAGAGCCAGAAUUGAGGCAAUCUUGGAUUGGCAUCAUUCAAACCUACGGCGUGGUUCAGCCUCCCUUGUUUUUAACAGUGUAUUGGCACCAAAAUUUGGUCUUCCAUUAAAUCUGGAAGCAGCAAAGGAAGCAGAGAAAAUUCUGGACUCAUCUAUCUCAAAAAUCGAAGGCAUUUGGCUUAAAGGAAACUCGAAGUUCUUGUUGGGAAAUUUUCAACCCUCUAUUGCAGACCUCAGCCUCGUUUGUGAGAUAAUGCAAUUGGAGCUUUUGGACAAAAAGGAUCGGGAGAGAAUAUUAAAUCCACAUAAAAAGAUCCUACAAUGGAUCGAAAAUGUUAAAGUUGCAACGAAUCCUCAUUUUGAAGAAGUACAUGCAGUAUUGUACAAAGUCAGAGCGAAAUUACACAGUAAUCCAUCAUCAAUUAGUGGUGAGUCUAUAAAGUCUGGCCCAAAAGUUAAACUGUCACCAAAGCUUUGAUAAUUUCCAAUGAAUCAUGUUCCUAAAAUGUAAUACCAAUAACAAUAUGUUUCUAAUGUAUCGACGGUGUCAAUGUUGCAUGACCGAACCCUUUUUGCAUAAAAAAAUGAAUGAUUUAUAAUAUUUAGUUCAUGAA